UUUGUAUCCCAAGGCCUGGUAAACUUUCAAACUUAAUUAUUUGUAGAUUUCUGUGUGUUUCCUUCAUCAUAUUAGUUUUCCUCACUUUAAAUAUGUAAGGACGGAAAGAACUUUUUUGUUUGCAGUUGCCAUGGUUAUUUUGUUAUUAACCAAUGAGAACUCCGGUCAGCCAUCGUGUCGAAAGCAAUAAAAAUGGAUGAAGUGGAGGUGGACUGUAAAGCAGGCACUUAUCCAAAUUUAGACGAUAUUGUCGUUGAAGAUGACGGACCAACUUUACUCCUUCCCUGCAUUGUGUGCAACAAAACCUUUAAGCCAGAAGUACUUCAGCGUCAUUCCAAAGUGUGUGAAAAGAACGUACACAAAAAGCGAAAAACAUUUGAUUCCUUCAAACAAAGAGUACAAGGAACUGACUUGGCCGAAUUCUUGCCAUUUUCCACCGUUCAAAAGAAAGUAUCCAGCAGUGACAAAGCAAUAAGCCCAAAAAUACCUUCCAGCCGAUGGAAAGAAAAUCAUGAAGCAUUCGUCAGUGCUAUCCGAGCAGCCCGAGGUGAGGGGUCAGAUGCUUCAGGGGGUAGUGGUGACUCACGAUCAGUUCUAAGACCUCCCGACCAUGAGCAGUGCCCGUAUUGUGAACGCCACUUUGGUAGGAAAGCAUUUGAUCGCCAUCAAGACUGGUGCAGAGAACAACAUUCAAGACAGCCUCCAGUCACUGCUAGUAUACAAGCCAAAGAACGGCUGGAGGCCCGCAUUAAGUAUCGGGCACCACCCAUUAAGUCCAAAAGAGCCAUAACCCGUGAAAAGUAUUCGCCUCUAGUACAGCGCAAAGUUCGUCAAGUCAGUCCUAGCAGCAGCUCUAAUUUCAGUAGCACUACAGGAAGUGCAACAUCAAGUGCAGGAAGCUCCAGACACACUCCUCAGUCCCAACAAGAGCAAUCAAACCGCUUGAGCAAAAGUGGAAAUAUAUCAGGUCGGUCACAACCUAAAGAUUCUGCCAGUAGUUUAGGUUUCAAUAGAGGUACAGCAGGAAGGACUAGUUUACGAUCUUCUCAAAGAACAGCUGCUAGACCUUCUUCCCCUACCAAAAGCUCUACCGGGAGUGGAAAACUUCCUGCCUCACCUAUUCUACGACGAACUACUGAAGAUUCACGAAGAGUACAUGACAAGGAUGACAUGGCAGUUACAUCAGCUAGUCUGAGAAAACUCCAGUCCAGAAAUCCCCCAGUAAAGCAUGAAUCCAAGAUUCUUGAUACUCCAAAGAUGACAGCAGAAAAGAAGCUUGACGAGUCAUGUGCACCAGCAGCCAACACUCCCACAUUACAUAUUGAAAUUAAUACCAAACAAUUGAAGGACAAUACUAAUAACUCCAAAAGUGCAAAGAAUGAUCAACUAUGGAGGAAUCAUUCAUCUGUUAAACUGCAACCCCUACCACUCAGGAAGAGCUUAAGAGGCAGUUAUAAUCAGGAAGAGCCAUAUGAUCCAUAUGCAUCAGCUGAACGCCAGAUGAUGGAACUUUUGCGCAGUGAUAGUGCUUGCAACAUUAGCAAGAAACAGAAGCAGAAGUCUCCCUCACCUGCCCCUUCAAUUUCUCCUAUGCCAUCUCCCACCCUGUCCCCCAAACCAUCUCCUUUAGAAACAUCUCCAACUUCUGCUUUCACUCGUUAUGCUAAAGAAUUAGAAUCACCUGAACCUUCAUUUCAGAAGGAAACAUGUGGAGAGUGCCCUGACAAACCACAAGUGGCUGAAGCUUCUAAAAAUUGUGGAAUGGAUGAUGACUCGCCUCUGGUAGAUGGACUACAUAAAAAUUUGAGCAAUGUAGCUGAAGCUCAGAGAAAUGAACUUCUCAAGGAAUUCCCUCUUCAGUUAAAUCAUCAACUUCCUGAACCAAAAGCUAAAGUACCCCAAACCAUGUAUCCUGUCCAGCCUCAGCCUCCUCCUAGAUCCAAUAGAAGGUUGGCAUCUUUGCCUCUGUAUAAAAACCCUAAUGAUUUAAUUGUAUCAGGUGUAAGUGCAAUACAUCCAACUUUGCAAACAAGUCAGUCUGUUGAAGCGGUACCUCAGGAUAUCACCAGUAUUGCAACCCCUGACUUAGACAAUAGACCAAAAACAUAUGAUUUAGAUAGUAGUAAGAAAGAAAUAAUCAAGAAGGGUGGCCGCUAUAACGUCAAUGAGAAAGCUAUGCUCAGUGAACUAGAUUCUCCUAUAGUUAUAGACACAGCUGAUGGAGGCAAAAUUGAAGUGCUUAAUCUUGAAAAUAGGGAUGAUAGAAUGAGGAGACGAGAAACCAGGGAGAGUAGGGAAGUCCGGGAAAUAACAGAGCAGGAAUCAGAUAUUGCAGAUAUUGAUUAUUUGUUAGAGGAAGUUGUUCGUAUGCAACAUUCAGUUUCUAUGCUCUCUGAAGUUGAUUCUUCUAACUCUAGAGAGGCUACUCAGUCAGUAAACCUCUCUUCUGCGCGUAGCCGUAGAAAUCGUGCUGGUAAGAUGCACAUUGAAGACUAUCUUUUUCCAGCUGAGCUGCUAGAGAGAGAUAAUAAUAAUCUCCAAGCUUCAGCAGAUUCAUCAGACAGGUCAAAUUCAGUCUUUGGCUCUACCAAAUCUCGAAAGUCGUCAUCUAAAGGUCGCAGGUUGAUUGAAGAUAUGCUUUUUCCUCAAGGCUUUGACCUUAACGCCAACUCGGAUUAUGUUGAGGAUAGUGAUGUUGUUGUAUCAGCUAAUGCUUUGACUGCUAUGUCUAAGCCCUCAGAAGAGUUCAGUUCUCAAAUUGAUGCAGUUUUUUCUCACUAUCCCACAUCUCCAGUGGCUCUCACUUCUAAAGCUCCAAGUGUUAGUGAUAACAGUGAUAGCAUAUCCCGUCCCAAACCCAUGUCCCUUUUCACCCACAGUUCCAUCAGAAACGGUUGCAAUGGAGGUAAUGACAAGGAUACCAUCUCAAUUCCCACAAGUCCAAUGCAACCCCUAAAUCAAAGCCGGCAAUCAACCAGCAGUAGGUUAAGUGCUGACAGUGCAUACAGUAGUUUGAACCGUAGAUCACCAGUGCCACAAAUCCGUCGACAAGGCAGUGUUGGAAAUCAAGAUAUACAGCGGCAAGGAGCAGAAAGCCCACAAUCUAUUAUUUCCCAGUCGCUGACACAAUCUCUUGUGCUAAGCUCCAGUGGCUCUGAGUCUUCUCUUCCUCCACUGUCAUCCUCCCAAUCAAUGAAGCGUGGAGGUCAAAGUAAGCAUGAAUGUGAGACUCCUUCAUCAGAUAUUGUAAGUGCAACCACACCCCUUUUCCCAAAGCUUUCUAAGUUUUGUCAUCAAUGUGGGACCAAAUUCCUUAUUAGUGUAGCAAAGUUUUGUCAUGAAUGUGGAGCAGCUCGUUUGGAAAUUUGUUAAAUUUUGCAUGACCACAAUGAAUAAUUUGCAUUUGUAUUUUCGUUUUUCUGCAAUAUGUGCGUGUCAGGUAAUGAACCUAUUGUUGGCUCAGAUGGCAUAAGUUGCAGUAAAGGGCACAUUGUACAGACUUAUCUAAGAAUUGAAAAUCAUUCAUCUCCUGUUUUGAUUCCAUUAUGAAGUACUUUCCUUCACCAUUGAUGGACUUUCUCUUUAAAUAAAGAGCAAUGGAUGGGACUUUUUCCCCUAACAGUGAUACGUGAAGCUUGAUUCAUGUCUUUCAUGAGUUAUUCUUGUGGUAAAUUGUUUGUCAUGUUCAUAGACUGGUACCGAUAUUUGUCUUGAAUUCAUUUGAUUACUAACUAAAAUACUUGUCCAGUUGGUGAUAGGGUUAAAUAAUCUAAGUAAGUCCUGAUUACAACUAAAUUUUUGUGAAAGUUUAUAUUUUAAUAUGCGAUGUGAGACCAAAAGGCAAAUCUUUAUCGAAACAUUUUAAACAAAUAUUUUAAUUUAGAUCUGUGAUAACAAGUAGCACAUUUUACAUCAUCAUCUUUCUUUGUUGUUUUGUUGUUCAGUCGAGUUCUUGGACUCAAUCUCAAUUCAUGAAUUUCAUUUUAACACAUUUACAUUGAAUGUAUGUAAUCUCAAUACUGUAUGGGCUUGAAAAUUACCAUGCUCAACAUAUUACUGUCGAAUAAAUUCCAUAAAGUUUCACUGUAUGCCUUAAAACUUGAUCUGAUUGUGUGUCAUUUUAAAGGCUAAUCUGCCUACAAUAUCAAAUUAGAUUAACUCAUUACAUUAAUGUACUUUCAACAAAAAUUUCUAGGAAAUUUACUGUUGUAUGUAAUACGUCCAGAUUUACCAAAAUACAAUUUAUGUAUCUUUUUUUCUAUUAGCUCUUAAUACUUUAAUGAUGAUUAUUGACUGAAAAUAUUUUGCAUUUACUACUACAGUAUUCCUUAAAAUUACAGAGAUGUAUUUGGAUUUUGCCACAAAUACACCAGUUUCUAUGUUGUUUCUUCCUUUUGGAGGAAAUGAACUAAAGCACUUGCUCAUAUCAAGCAUAUUGCCAUGUUCACAUCUAUCCAGUGAGCUGCAGUCAUAUUGUUGUGAAGUGUUUAUUGUAUUUUAUUAAAAUAUGAGAAUAAUGCAAUCUAAGAGACUUAUUAGUGCAGUAUUUAACUUUUAAUUCAAUCAAUUUAUAUUAUUUUAAAGCGCUAAAUGUCUAAUGCUUGUGUUAUGCAUAACCCUUUGCUAGCAAAUUUAAUUUCACUGUUCAGUCUCUGCAAAAAGUUUUCAAAGAGGUCAACUGUUAGGUAAUGAAUAUCAUUUCUGCGAGACGAGGACAAAAAAUGAGACAUGCAAUCAAGUUGCAGAUAGCGUCAAAAGUAGAUUUUCUUACUAAUAUUUGGAUUAGUAGCUGGAUUUAUUGAUUUCAAUUAUUACAGGUUUUGCUAUUUUUAUAUUUUGAUUGUCACAAGCUUGACAAAAAUCAGUAAAUUCAGAUGUUCUCAGAAUUUUAUCUUAGUUUCUGUUAAAGAAAGACUGACAGCUCAUGCAUAUGCUGCAAAAACAGAUGAUAGGAGUACUCUCUUCGCCUCCUGGUUUUAUCAAAAGUAGUUUGAAUUUGAAUUGUUUGCUCUCUCUCUCUACUCUUAUUAUUUGGGUUUGCACAAUACUGCGAUGCUUAUCCAACUUGAAAAUUUAGGCAGAGGAACUAUAGACAUUGUAAAGCAUACACUGAGCUUUAGUUGUGAAAGAAGAAAUUGUAAUGCAGCCAAAAAGCAUAGGAAAAUAUUAAUCUGCUUUACCUGCAAAAUUAAAUUGAAAGUAUCGGUAAUACCAUUUACUGAAGUUGUUUUCUUUCUGAGUGUACUUAAGAAAAUUCAUUAGUGAUUUUGAAUCUGGUCCUAUUUUGUAUGUUCUGUUUUGUUAAAUAUUUUGUUUUUUAUUUGCAGUUAAUGUGUUCCAUCACAUUAAGAACAGCAUGUUUGUACUUUUAGAUAUCAAGAUUCUCUCUUUUUGAGUUUUUAUCUAAACCUUAUAAUUUUAGUGGUAGAGGUUGUAAAAGUAAAACUUUCUCUAGUCCUAACAUACUAUGAUCUAACUUCAAUGUUAAAUACACACAAUUUUGCCACUAAUAACAAUAUGGUAUGUGAGAGAGAAUCUCUACCUCAGCAGUGUGUUUGAUCAUUGAACUCUAGCGGUGUGUAAUUCAGUUUUCUGAUUUUUUCUUGUUCAUUUUUUGUUGUUGUUCUAACACAGCCUUUUUUUAAAUGGCUAAAUUAUUCUUCCAUUGUGCAUGGUCUAACACAUUAUUACUCUGUAAUAUGUUUGCUUUUCUUAUAAUCAAGUGUACAUUGUGUGGUGUGGUGUAUUUCUAAUUAUUGUCUACUGUCUGUUCUUUCCCUUCAUUCUCUGCUUAUUUGCAGUUUUAAAUUUUUGAUAGGAAACAAGUACCACUAUUUUGCAAUUCACCACCAUACUUAAGUAAAAAGACAUUUCUCAAGUAGCAUUGUUAAAUUGUGUGGUUGAGGUGCAUUUUGCCGAUUUGUGGAAGAUGUUAAUUUGAGACCUUAACAAUAUUAGGGUCCUCUUUUGUCCGCUCUUUUAUUAAUUUGAUAUGUUACUUACUGCUCAGAGCAUUCCUCUGUCCCCAUUUAAAGAACACAUCAAUAGUCCAAAGCACUACCUGAAGUUUAUCUUUUUCUUUGUGUGAGUUUUGCUUACUUAAAAGAUUGUAUUAUCAUUCCGUCCACUAAGUGCCUUAAAACAUACUAUGUAUUCUGAAAAGAAAAAAAAGAAACAUGAAGAUUUUGCAUGAACAAAUGGUAAUUUUAAAGUGAGAAUUUUUUUGAAAUGAUGAUAAUUUUUCCUUUGGUUUGGGUUACAUGGCCAUUUACAUUCAUGAAAAUGCAUUACAAGGUUAAUUCUAGUCACCCCUUGAUGCUGUUUCAUUUCUGUUUUUACCAUUUAACAGUCAUAGCAUCGCAGCCCUUAAAACCAAAUCUACUAUCUGUGUUCUUGUUUAGAAAAUAAUAAAUUAUACUUAACACACA